AUGGAAGCCUCGCGCCCCCAUUCCGCGCUCGACCCCAGCCCAGGCGACGACCCAUCUCCCUCCCACCCAGCGCAGCGCCAGAGACGCAUCCGCGCGCUGCUCUCGUGCGGACCCUGCCGCGCCUCAAAGCUCAAAUGCGACCGCGUGCAGCCCUGCGGCCAGUGCGCCCGAAGGGACCGCCUCGACCUGUGCGUGUACGCGCCCAAGCCCGCCGCCAGGAAGACCAAGCCGCCGCCAAGGGGGAUGUCGUCGCGGCUGCAGCGCCUCGAGGGCAUGGUACGCAGCAUCAUGGACGCGGGCGGGCCCGGCGCCAGCGGCGAGAGUGAGGCCCGGGAGCGGGACGGCCAGGGGAGCGAGGCGCCGCCGCCGGUCAGGGGCCAUGUCGUGAGGGGGACGACGUACGUGGGCGCGACGCAUUGCAUGGCUAUGCUCGAGGAUAUUGAGGAUCUAAAGUCAUAUUUUGCCGAUGCCGAGGAUGACAACGAUGAUGGAAACUCUCCCCCGGAUGACGAGCUCCUCGACGCACCAGAGAUGCUGAUCUGGUCAAGGACAGGACCAGCAAGCAGGGACGAGCUGCUCGCCCAGCUGCCGGAACGCCAGGUGGCCGAUCGACUCAUCACGAGAUACUUUGCGUCCAUGAGCCCUUCCCAACAUGUCAUCCACCGUCCGACCUUUGCGAGAGCCUACGCCCGCUUCUGGCAAGACGCCUCGUCUGCCUCGCUGCACUGGAUCGCCCAGCUCUUCAUGGUCCUCGCCCUCGGCGUCCUCUUCAACAGCUUCUCGGCGCCCCACGAGGUCGAGACCGACUCCCCGGCUCCCAUCCACGAGUGCAUCAGGCGAUACCGCUCCUGCGCCGGCUGGGCCCUCAUCUGGGGCAAGUACACGCAGCCCACGGCCGCCACCCUCCCGGCCUUUUUGCUCUACGUCGAGGCCCACUUCCUCCUCAACCGCGCCGGCCAGAUGAACUGUUACGUGCUGUCGGGCGUGUGCAUCCGCCUCAUGCUCAAGAUGGGCCUGCACCGGGACCCGGCCAAGCUGACGGGCAUCUCGCCGUUUGAGGGCGAGAUGAGGCGCCGGAUGUGGAACAUGGCCAUCCAGAUCGAGUCGCUUGUCGCCUUCCACAUGGGCCUGCCGAGCAUGCUCCAGGGCGUCGAGACGGACACGGCCAUGCCGCGGAACCUGCAAGACGACGACUUCGACGAGGACUCGACUGCACUGCCUGCCGGACGGCCCUGGACCGACUACACGCACAUGACGUACCCGAUCCACAAGACGAGGAUCCUCCGCGUCUUUGGCCGAAUUGCGCGGCAAGCGCACGCUCUCACCCCCCCGAGCUACGCCGAGGUCAUGGAGCUGGACCGCCUCUUGCAGGAGGCGUGGGGAGAGCUGCCGACCUACAUGCAAGCGCGGCCGCUGGACGAGUGCGUGGGUGAUGCUCCGACUCUCAUCAUGCAGCGCUUCGGCCUCGCCGCCCUCUUCGACAAGUGCCGCUGCGUCCUCCACCGACGCUACCUGGCGGAGCCGGUCCCGAACCACGAGCACGACUAUUCUCGGCAACAGUGCUUGGAGGGUGCCAUGACGCUGCUCGCCAUACACGACUACUUGCUCGCUGCCAUCAUUGUCUACCUCGUCAUCCAGAGCAUGGAGCACUCCUCGGGCCGGGACGACUGGAUGGGCCGGCAGGGCGUGUCUCUGACGAGGGAGGGGCUGACAAGCAUGAUCAGGCGGUCGCACGCCGUCUGGUCCGCGGCGGCCACGGAUAGCGGGGAACUGAGGAAGACGGCCGAUACCUUGGCCAUCAUAUUGACCAAGUUGGGGUCGCCAGUCGACACCAACGCGGCCGUCGCGGGGACCACGUUGAGUCCGUCAACAGUCGGCUCCGGCUACGAAGUGUCCGUGAACUGGCCCUCGGUGAUAUCAAAGCCAUCGACCAUGGCUUCGAGUAACGGGUCGGGGCUUCUGUCUAGUCUCGGGCUCGACUAUGAGACGAAUCGGUCUGGAAUUGGUUCAGGAUGGCAGUUGGUUAACGAAACAGCUGGGUCCGGACUGACCCCGAACCACUCCUUGGGAAUGGACUCGACUGGAGAAGUCAUGCCGAGCACGCUGGACUUCGAUGCGUCCUGGAUGUCGGCAGACAGCAUGGAUUGGCGUUAUCUCGACAUCUCCCUGGCACACAGUCACACGGCCGGUACGACGACGGGGUCCGGGCCGACCUGGAUCGAGAGAUUGCCAUUGGACGACCUGGAGGCCAUGGGUCCGGCGACAUGGCAUCACUGUCCGCCCGGGGACGGCAGGCCGCAUCAGCAGGGCUAG